AUGCGGAUCCGGAGGCAAAAAAAAGCUCUUUUGAUGGACACGCCCAUCGCCUACCAUUUUGCUCCGGCUCGAAGGGCGGAGCUUGUCAAGCCAAGAGCGCAUUUUCGGGUGUGUCUGCACCUCGGCGAGACCCUCGCACCGCCUUUCAGCCAAUUUACAAAAAUGAGCUUCGCUCGUAGCACUUUCGCAGUUCUCGUCGUCCUGUCUGUUCUGGUACAAAUCUCACAAGCCCAAUGGAGGUGAGCUUCUUUUCAUCUUUUUCGAACGGAAGUUGUUCAUUUUUCAAUUUUCAAUUUUCUGAAAGUUUUUUGGUUCAAGGAUUUUUCAAAUACUGACAGCGUGAAAUUCAGGUACUCAGCUGUCGAAUUUAAAAUUAAAAACUUCCUUUUUUCAAGUAGCCCGUUAUUUGAAGGAAAAGAGCUUGCAAGUGUGCAAUAAGAGUUAUGAAAAAAAAAAUUUUGCAUGAAAUUUCGCAAAAUUGAAGCUAUGACAUUUUUUUCAUAAAGGCUUUUUAGUAAUAAAUCAAAACAAAUUUUUAAACUGCAAAAAUAGGUGAAACCGUCCCUGGAAUAAUUUUCACCCCAUUCAGGGAUCCGUUCAAUUUUGUGAAAAGAACUGAAAAUCUGAAUCGUUGUUUUUCUGCCAUACACUUGAACUGAACGGCAGCAUUUUAAAAGCCUUUGUCUUUAUUUUUCAAUGACGAGAACGAUUUUGUAGAUCGAACAAUUGAAUGUCGCAAUUAUCCAACCACUUGGUUUAUUUUCAGUCUCAAAAUAGUUCUCCUAAUUAUUCUGAAAGCUCGUUCAGGUGUACUUUAUUUAUUCAAGGAAACCUGAAAAAAAAAGAAAGCGUCUUCAAUUUCUCCCCCCAAAACGUCACACAGCAGAUGAAACUUGAAACCAGGGGCAUUAACCUAAAGUACUUGCGUACGUAAUUGGAGUUAUUUGGAAAAACUCCAGAAAUGACACAAGAGAAUAUCAAAGACACAAAGGUCAUCACCUUCAAAAGUCAAUUUACUAAAGGACGCGUUGAUGAACUUUGUGUUUCAAGUUAACAUUAAGAAUGGUAUUUGCCUAUACAAAUAUCACUGAAAUACGUAGUAGGGACAUUUAAAAGAAAUCUGAAAAAAACAUCUUGGGUUGGGGGACACCUUAAAUUUUAAUUUUAAUGUCGAAUGAAAAAUUUUAUUGAUGCCACGAGUAAAGUCACAGCUUUGAACUAAACGGUUUUUAAAAACUAAUCGUUCAUGAUUCCUUCAAAAAAUUCAUUAUAAGGGGGAAAGCCAAGUAUUUUCAAUUUCUGGUAUCUCACCCUGUAGUCCAAAGAAAUCUCUUUGAUUUUCGGAACACUUUUCCAAAAUUAUCUAUAUAGCAGCUGUCACAAAUUAUACCCAACAAUUUUAUCAUUUCAGCAAAAAAUCGAAAUUUUCAAAAUUGAAACCGCCUUUCCAUCAAGAAAAACGAUCGAACCAAUUUUUCUCAAACUUUUUUUCAAAAACUUUAAAUUGUUUUUGGCAUGAAGAGAACACGGUUAAAAUUAACAAAACUCACUCAUUCGAUUUGUGUAGGAAGCAAGUUUUUGAACGAAAACACAGCAAAGAAGUCCCAACUUUGAGAUGUUUUUAGAGUCGCUCUUUUUUUUCAAAAAACAAGGCCUGGUUUUCGAACUCAGCAAGAUUUAAUCAAGUUAUGAAUUCUGAACCGUGUCUUUUGCAGUGACGAUGAAGCCACGUAUCAAAGGGAAGUCAGAGCGCCCAAGCCGAAGUUCAUCAGGUUCGGUCGUGCUGGUGCCAAGUUCAUUCGAUUUGGCCGGUCUGGCGCUAAUACUUGGGUUAGUUUUGUUUAUAAACCAUUUGAAACAGAGCCUUUCCGUACUUUUUAUGAGCCCUUGGCGCUUCCCAGAGCAAGAAGAUGGCAGAUUACCCCUUCCUGUCACAAACGCAAUUACUCACGAAAACACAUAGUGAUCUGCAUUUCUCCCGUACUAUAGACUGAAGAAAUACUCCGAAGAGAAUUCAAUGAUGUUUGAGAUUUCGAUUCAGUUUCACGGCUUGAAUGAGAAAAUGUGUGUUAUAGUCAAUGUUUCCCGACUUGAAAGGUGAUAUGGGCUGGUUGGCAAGGGCGAGGUGUUGCGUGUGCGACGCGGCUAUUUGGCGGCGAGCCAAAAUUCAAAUGUGGGAGACAAUUUGGAGAGUUCGGCCACCGCUUUUUUAUUUCCUUUUUUAUUUUUCUUAUUCUUUUUUUUAUAUUCUUUUUCGCUAAUUAUCUGCUUCAGUAAAUUCGGAAUUUUAUUUGAACCUAUAAUAAUAUUUUUUCGCACAAACAACAGUUUCUUCAAGUUGAUCGUUGCUCAUUCAUUUGUCGCAAAAUAUGAAUUUUCUCACUUUUCCAUUUCAUGUCGUGAAAAAUUUACUGUAUUUAUUCAUGUUUGAUACUUUUCAGACCAAGCAAAAAUACUAUUGAAGGAUUUCAAAAAAACUCAGAAGUCGAGGGUUUCACAUCGAAAAAGAGGCGAUUUUCAAUAAAGGUCAUGGUUUUUUCUCAAAUUCAUUCAUCUUUUUUUCUUGCAUGCAGUGAAAAUUUUUCAGAAGCAACGAUUUGCGGAGUGCUGCGAAGUCUUUUUUCGAAUCAAUAACCAUCUUUAAAAAAAUGUUUUUUUAAUGGAGUCGGUUGAUUUGAAGAUUUUUCAGGAUUUGUGCAGUGAUUUUUUUCGAGAUGGAGAGAGAAAAUAACGAGUCGCGUACAGAAGCUUUGUAAGUUUUUCGCCUUUAUUCUAUUUCUGUUUUUUUGGUUUGACUACUUUUUCAAUCCCUAAAUAAGAAUUAUUUCAAUUAAUGCUUAGAUUAAAAAAAGUUUGUGGAUUUAUUGUUCGCCACGAAAAUUUUUACAUUAACGAACAUGACAUUCUUCAAGGUUAAAAAUCAAGAAUUGAUUUUUUUCUUAAGGUAAUAAAUACUAUUUUUUUCAGGUAACAUCAUAAAGUCUCUCUUCUGUGAUGUCUACAUCAGCAACCUUACGUUUUGCUAACCUGUUCCUUCGUUUUUCCUUCCAAUAAACUUGUUUAAAACGUUCUUGAAUUUGUUUUAACGAGAAUAGAUGGACGGAAUCGUAGAGUAAUUAAGAAUGCCAGUCUUAGAUCAACAACGAAACUACACGGAUAAUGUGAUACGUCAAUAAAAAUAGCCUAAGCAAAAAUAGUUCGAAUAAAAAAAUAUCUUCUAACGGUGACCGAUGUUCAUCAACGUGUUCUUCUUCUGACGACGUGCCUUUUUCCGAAAAAAAUGGAGUUUCUCGCCCGACGAGGCCAGUGAUGAACUUUAGAGUUUAUUGAACUUCAAACAAAAUGUAUUUUCAACCGUUCCAUUUUUCAUAUUCCGCUACAUUAUUCACCAAAUUCUCUUUUUGGGUCAAUCUCUUGAAGCAACGAACCGAUCAAAUCGUUUAUUGAAUAUGAAAAAAAUCAAGAAAAAUAAAACUCAUAAUGCAAUGCAUAUUUCAACCUUCACUAAAACAUCGUGUACGCAUUCCAGUGAUUGUGAGGGGAUCACUCGUCAUCCAGGUUUCCAUAACCUACCUAGCUCCCGGUGGCUAACAGCUGCAUGAAAAAAUCAAAACAUCAAAAACUGAAUAAAAUAAAAACUCACUUUAUAUCGGAGUCUUCACAGGAUUGCACGUAGAAGUAUCACAGAAAGUAAAAAGUCAAAAAAAUUUUUCCUUACAAGAUUUAAACAUAUCUUCAUUUUUUACUUUCGAUGAAUAUUUUUUUCACUUAGUUUUUUUAGAUCCGUUCUUUUUUUGUGAAUCUUCUCAGUACAAUCCUGGUUUAUAUUGAUGGCACUCCACAAAUUGCUGGAAAAAGACAAUGAGAAAUUUCAACACAAAUUGAAAAAAACCUGUUUGCCAUCAACGAAGUGUAUUUCUCAUUCAUUUCUCUCUUCUUACGACCUGCAAUCAAUCAUAAUAGAGAAAUUAUAAAAAAAUUUUUAGGAGCUUAAAAAUUGAGAAGUUCAGCAAAUACGAAAAAAACAAGAACCAGCGAAAAAGUUUUCCGUAAAUGUUUCACGUUUCGCUGCAAGUUUGAGAAACUUUUAUGCGAAACGCACAGAAAAGAUGUUCGCUCACAAAAUUACAAUGAGGAAAUGAAUAAAAUCGAAAAACUCCAUUAGAAAAGAAUAAGAAAAAGAAAAAAGGAAAUCAAAAAGCGGUGGCCGAAUUCUCCAAAUUGUCUCCCACAUUUGAAUUUUGGCUCGCCGCCAAAUAGCCGCGUCGCACACGCAACACCUCGCCCUUGCCAACCAGCCCAUAUCACCUUUCAAGUCGGGAAACAUUGACUAUAUGUAACUGAGAAAGGAAGUAUUUUAGAGUUUAUUUAGUCAAUGUGACAUCUGCAUAUUAAAAGCCGGCAGUAGUCAUGCUGAAAAAGCAGUGUGCACUACCCCGUUUUCCGGAAGGUCGCUUCAUGAAAAAUUAGAUGAGUCUGCAGCUCUUUCGAUGAUGAAUUGUCGCCAAGUUUUGACGUUAGCUCCUCUUUUCCAAGUUGUAGACGGAAUUUUUAAUUGCGAGCCAUCUGCUACUUUGCAAAACAUGUAGAUUCUUGAAUAUACGUAACCCCAAAAAAGAAUUUCCCUUGAGGUAAAUCGAAUUUGCACCUUUUUGAAGAAUUUCUUCAAAGAUGCGUCUAAGCAAAGAAUCAAAAUUCCAGCUUUAGCGCAAGUUGUUUUUCGAGUUUGAUAAAAGACUAAGAAACACGCCUGAAUAGAAGAAUCUCACAUCCGAAUGAGCCAUUAUUCACCUCUAUUAUCCAUGAUUGAUACAUCCGGUUAAAAAAAACCGGCUUAAGCGGCAACAGGAAAAAAUUUUACCGACGAACGCAUUCGAGUAGAAAAAGUGCUCGGCUCAAAAAUAUUUGAGUUUUUUGGUGCGAAGCAUUGUUGCGCGACUAAUGUAAUGACAUAAGGUCGCAUGUUUCCGUCGGAAUCCAGGAUCUUCUGAAUUAUUAUUUUUUUAUUUUUUUGAAAAAUGGCAAUUCCAGUCAUGUCUGGGAAUUUUUUUGGCAUGUAGCUACGUAAGCUUCAAAUUGAUGAUAGUGGCCGACUGAUUGCCGACUGACAUGCGAAGGAAAACGCAACAAUUUGUGGCUUUUUUCAGAAUUAUUGCAAGCAGCUGAAAAUAAUUCAAUAUCGUUUUGAGCCAUGAUGAAUGAAAACUGAAACGAAUCUAGAUAAAUGUGGAUAGUUCUCAAUUUUCAGGAAGUUUUUGGAUUUGAGGAAAACUUGGGACUUUUCAAAUAACACAGUAAUCAGCUAUAGUUCGUUUUAUAACGCUCUACUUGCCACUUGAAAGAAUGAAAAAUAAGUCUGGUGAAUCAUCGUUUUGAAUGUUAUGAGCAACAUUUAAUUAAAGUCUUGACCAUUCGAGAAAAAAGUAAAAAAAAAGGGUUCAAACACUUUUCAAGUAUUCUUGCGCAGUAUGUCGUUAUAUAAAAAUGUCAAAAAUUCAAAUGACUUAAUUUACUGUUUCAGGAAGACGAAUUGACGCCAGCCGAUGAAAUUUUCAACGAGGCGAAGAGGGCCGCAAAGUUUAUCCGUUUUGGUUAA